CGCGUUCGCGGGCAGCGCGCAGGUGUGGGCGAGACGCCUCGCCUGCUGGUGAUCGGGCAGCAGCUGAGGGCGGUUGGGUGUUGCGCUUCGCCUCCGCGUUCAAUACCGUGCCGUGGCUUUAUGCUGCCAUGCUCGUCCGUGCCCUGGAGUGCGGUGACUUGCCAGCUGGCAGCAAUGCAGCUGGUGGCGCAGGGGACGAGUGGGCGCUGUGAAGCCGAGCGAUAGCCCGGCUGGGCUGUUGUACGCGGGCUGCAAUGAUCCGCCUGUGCUCGCCGAGCCGGCCUUGCAGCCUACUCGUCCUUGCUUUGCUGCAGCUGGCUUUCGUCCUCUUCCUGUACCGCCGCAGUCUCGCCAACUCCUUCGCCAGUCUGCUCUAUGAGGAUGACCACGGCGGUCACUGGGAUUACUCGAAAACCCACGACGUCUACACUAACCUCAGCCUGAUUACCCCGGCUCCUGACCGGGAAACUUUAGCCCAGUGUCCCGCCCGGUCGCCGCUGCUCGUUGGACCACUGACUAUCAGUUUCCAGACAAUUCCGGUUAUGAGCAAAAUUGAAAGAAAAAAUCCAUACGUAAAACCUGGUGGACGCUACACUCCCCCGCACUGCAAAGCUUGGUAUAAGACGGCAAUUCUUGUUCCUCAUCGAAACAGGGAGCCACAUUUGCGCCAACUUCUGUAUUAUCUUCAUCCAUUCCUGCAGCGUCAACAGCUUCAAUAUGCAAUAUAUGUCAUCCAUCAGACUGGAAAUCGUACGUUUAACAGAGCAAAACUGCUUAAUGUUGGAGUGAGAGAAGCACUAAAGGAUGAAGACUGGGACUGUCUGUUUCUACAUGAUGUUGACCUUAUUCCUGAGAAUGAUCACAAUUUAUACGUUUGCAAUAGAAGAUACCCCAAGCAUGUAUCCAGUGCUAUGAAUAAAUUCAAGUACAGGAGACUGUGUUUGACAUUAUUGGAAUGGAUUGCUGAUGUGGUGGCCCCCCCACCAAGGCCGAAGUCGUCAGAUCCUCAAGAGGUAGAUGGACAGCAAAACGGUGGUGAAAAUGCACUGCUACCAUAUAGGAUGUAUUUUGGUGGUGUUUCGGCCUUGACUCCUGAUCAGUACUUGCGAAUUAAUGGCUUCCCAAACACAUACUGGGGUUGGGGUGGAGAAGAUGAUGAUAUUUCUGCUAGGAUUUAUUUUGCCGGAAUGAAGAUAAUUCGAACGCCGCUCUCACUAGGACAUUACAAAAUGAUAACGCACAGUAUGGAUGUGGGUAAUGAAAAAAAUGAGAAAAGAUUUGACAUGGUGGUGAAGGUAUCCAAGUCAUGGCGAUCUGAUGGGAUGAACUCCAUAGACUAUAGCUUACUUCAGAGGGAAGAGCUUCCUUUGUACACCAACAUUACAGUGGACUUUGGAAACAGCCCGAAUGUUUAGGCAAAAGUGAAUUAACUGCAAAGGCCAAUAUCUUAUACAAUUUAAUAAUAUGCUUCAAGGGUUUCCUCAAAGAAUGCUGUCACAAAUAGUAGCUAUUGGAUAUGCUGGAAUUCCAAAGACAUUCAUGAAGCCCAAAAGGACAGAUAUAACGUACCUGCUUCAUAUUCUUUUUUUGGGAAGUUGUAUUCAGGAAUAAGAUUUAAGAAUUUUUACACGUCAGCUGUUCUUUGGUAAUUGACAUAUCGGCUGUGGAAAAUUUCUUUAUUUACUAUUUAUAACAUCUACUUGUGCACUUUGAAAGCCUUGGUUAUGUGACAUUCAGGAUGAGGCUACUGAAUGGGUUAAUUUGUAUUGUAAAACAUUAGGCUUCAGGUUUCAGAAAAUUCCAUGGUCAACUUCAUAAAUGCUGCCUCUGUGGAAUCUGGAAAAUCAAUAAACCAAAGGAAAUUGACAAACUUGUACAUUUUUGUGAAAGUUGCAUCUUAACUAUUCCCUUUUGAAAUGUUAGCUUUAAAUGGCCACAAUAUUUUUAUAAUUAUAAGGAACUGUAUCACAGAUACAGGAAAAAUUCCUCAGAAUAUUUGUUUGGUUUGCAUGAUAUUCUCUCAAACUCCUAUAUUCAUCAACAUUUGUAGGGUGUACUAUGGAGGCAGAUCAAUCAAUGAAAUGAAUUUGCUACCACUCUGCUAAUGAGUUUAAUUUUGAAGUUGGAGGAAUUUGUUUUUAUGAAGACAUGAAACUAAAUUUGGUUCUGACGCAUACAACUCCUUGCAUAUAAACCAUAUCUAUUUAUUAAUCAGUGUAAAUUUAGAAUAACUGUGAUAAUGUGUAUUUAUGUUACUUCUAUUAUUACACUUUUUAGUAAGCUUUUUUUUCUGUGCAGAAUGCUAUUUUGAUUCUUUAGUGCUAGUCAUUAUUAUGAUUGUCUUCUGUUAAGUUAAAUAUUUGUCUCUACAUAAAGUGGUCAGACUUGUUCCUUAACCAAGUCUUUAUCCCCUUUUCAUUUUUCCUCUCUCCCACUUGUCACUUUUUCCACUGACUUUUUAAUGGUCAAAUCAUUCACUGAAGUAUGCAUUGACUUCUCAGAGUGCACCAUCUGCCUGGCUUCCAAGGGAACAUGAAUAAUGCUCAAUAAACACAACCUGCUGACUUUUCCCAUGCCCUUUUUACCUUGUGAAAUAUGACAUGCCAGCAAUCUGCCAGAAACACUAGUAUAUAUCUCUGAUCACACAUCCCAUCAAUGAACCAUCCAAUACAUCAUUUUACUAUAGGCUGAUUAUUAAACCUCAUAUAAUUUAAUAUUCAGAGUUAACUUGUUUCUCUAAAUUGAAUAGCAUUCUGUAACACUGUCUACCUAUUUCUGUUCUAUGUAUUACCAGGACCUUGCUGUUAACUGUAUAUGAAAAUGAGAUAAUUGAACUGAGUUAAUUUGAAAUUGUAACACAGUCGCAAAGUAAAAUUGAUCCAAAAGGACAUCCAUUUUCAAUGUAAUAAAGAAAAUGUUGGGAAUGCUCAGUGGAUUAAGUAACAUCUGUGGAAGGAGAACUAGUGUUUGUCAUUGAUUUGGAACUGUUUCUCUGUGAAGUUGCUGCCUUACUGGCUAAGCAUUUUAUUUCAGAUUUCCAACACCUGCAGUAUUUUAUUUUUGCAUUGUAAUUUAAGUUGGAUUUCUGGCAAGCUAUAAAAUCAUGCACUGAAGAAGGUGGUCACUUUGCCCAUUGUGCCUUUGUCACCAUUUUGGAAGAUCUAAUUACUCCCACCAGUUCCUUGAUUAUUCGCCAAAACCCUGAAAACUUCCACUUUUUAAGUAGGAAUCUAAUUCCACAUUUGAAAGGUACUAACUAAACUUCUACUGACCAGUUAUAACUUGCUGAAUGAGAACUGUCAUCACCCUUCCACCUCCACCCUGGUGGUCUGUUUACUCAUCAUGUAAACCUAUGUCAUUUGUAUGCUGAUCCUCCUGGUAGUCAAAACAGUGUCUCUGCAUUGACUUUUAUGUAAACCUCUCAAUUGUUAACACCCAAUCAAUCUCUCUUCUAGGGAGAAUAGUUUUGUCUUCCGCAGAUUACCAAAAGCCCUCAUCCCCAUUGUCAUUAUAAGACUCCUUUAAGGCCAUGGUUUAACUUCUAAAGGUGAUCAUGUAUGUGCUUAUACUUCAAGCGUACAGCUUACGUUAUUCAGUAUAUGCAAGGAACACCCAAAAGUAAGUAAAUGAAAUUUACUAAAUGAGAAAAGAUCAUUUUGUUCAUUAAACUGUACUGGUAGUCAUUCAAUUGUUUAUUCACCUAAAGAUGAAACAAACCCUAAUGCCUUGGGAGAUAAUUCACCUGGUCUAAGUGCCCUUUGCUUGCCAGAACUCAGUUUUGAAAAAUGCACGAUUGAGACUUGUAGGGAUAUUUCAUCAGGACCCAAUAAAGGGUCUGUUGCUGGACACUUCCAGGUUUUCUUUUAUAAUAAAUUAUAAAGUGAGUGAGAAUUCCACAACUUUUUCUUGCCUUGCCCAUUGAUUUUAUUGAGUUAGUUUCUAUUUUGAAAAUUUACUCAUGGAGCUUUUUGGACACAAGUAGUAGUUACAGUCCCGUUUAAAUGGCACAUCUGUUGGCAAUUGCUGUCCAGAAUCUGUUUUAAGUGUAUUGUACAAUUUGAGUUUCAAACGAUGGCUAAAAUUUAUAUUCUGCUCAUUCUUGUUUUUCCCUAUGUAUCUAUAAUAUUGUUUUAACUUGUGAAUUUGGAUGCACAGAAUUUUGACAUUUUUCAAAUGUAAAGAUUGUACAGUAAGAAUACUGUAACAUCCAUUUCAAAUUUGGGGAGAACUAAAAAAUCUUGAUUCAAAUGUGGUGAAAGCAGUAUCUCACCUUGUCAUGAAGAGAUUCCAUGGUAAUGAGGAAACUUCUGUACUUGCCAGAUUUUAGACCAUAUAAUGUUGCCUUGCUGUGCAGAACUGGUAUUUACAGGAGUUCCAAAUUUCUAUAAUCCCUUUUCUAAGUGAUGGCUUUCUGUAUGUGUGUGCUACCAAGUUAAGAGUGGUUGGAUUAAUAGAAAUGUGGAAAUGCACAUGUUUAUAUUUGGUCAUUAACUAUUCUGCAAUGCACAUAAGAAUUGUCUAUAGUUUGGUAUUUUUCCUGAUCUAUAACUUGAAAGUUGUGCAAAGUUGAGAGAAAUUGCUUAAGAAUAUAGUUAUUUUUGUAUUUAAUUGAAUUGCACAGUGAGUAGAUUGACUAGGAUAAGCAAGCCAAAAAUAAAUGGUCUGUAGAUGUAAGCAAAUAUUACUGUAACCAAGGCUACAAAUAGGCUGUAUUUAGAAUGUGUUAAUAUUUGUAGCAUCAAAUGCCCUUAAAUCUUUGGUCAGUUUUCUGUAAAAUAUCAAAUGGCUAGAUGACAAAAUAGAUCCUUCAGUUGAUAAUGAUUAUUUGUAAUCACCAAGAUUCCUAGCAAACAGCACUAAUAUUGAGUUGCUGUCUACCACUGAUGGUAAUAUCUACUGUUCUUUUUACCCUGUGGUAUACAUGGGGAAAAGUUGCUCUUGAAAUUGUCCUAUAUUUUGUAACUUUUAUUGUGAUUGUCUGUUCUGGGCAAGGUGCUUCUCUUCACCUUACCCACCUCUCCCUCUAUAGCCUACCUCUCCCUCCAUAGCCUGCCCCACCCCACCCCCCCCAAACACACUCACACUCACUCACUCUCCAAAUCAAGCUACAUUGCAGCUGCUGUGUAUGUACUUCUGGAUUCUUGCAUAUCUGAAUAAAAUAUAAAAUUUUAAAGCACUUUUCAACUUUCUU